CCUCUAACAUCUCUUCUGCUCUCUUUCUCAACUGUCAGCAUCAGAGGCUCCUCAAGCAGUAAGUAACUAUAUUUUGCUGGAUAUGCUGCUAAUAAUUUAAAUAUGAGGUAGUUUAUGUGUCUCUAAUUGUUUAUUGUCUUGUCUUCCAUUGUAGUUUAUGUUUAUAUGUUUACACUUUCUUCUAAUUUCUACAGCUAUGUCUGGGGCCGCACUGUAUGUGUCUUUGCUGUGCUUUCUUUCUAUCUGCUCAGCCUGUUACAUCUCUAACUGCCCAAUAGGUGGCAAAAGAUCCCUGAUAGAUGCACCAGCUCACAAGUGUAUGGCGUGUGGUCCCAGGGACAGGGGCCGCUGCUUUGGUCCCAAUAUUUGCUGUCUAGCAGGUUUAGGCUGCUCUGUGGGCUCUCCUGAAGCAGCAAGCUGCAUGGAGGAGAACUACAUUCCCAGUCCAUGUGAGAAUGGAGGGAGUGCAUGUGGAUCUGAGGGGGGACGCUGUGCUGCUCCAGGUGUCUGCUGUAACUCAGAGAGCUGCAGCACUGAUCUGUCAUGUCUAGCUGAUGAUGAAUCUGAUCCAGAGAGCAGUUAUGGCCCUGGUGCAGAUCUCCUCAUGAAACUGCUGCAUCUGUCCACACAGCAUUUGUCCAACAGAAUUCACCAGUGAGCCUCUGUGAAACCAGCACUGUAUUUGCUUGAUUUUUAUAUUACUGGAGCUCUUCACUGGCUCUUAUACACUAUAAUGCACUCCAAUUUGAAAUGGCUUUAGGUCGAAUAUAAUUAUGGUAUCAUUUACAGAUUAACAUAUAGUGGCUAUGGUGGUUACUGACUUAUUACAGUUAUGUUGAUAAUAAAUGUAGUGAAAAUAUGUUCUGUGUCACUUGUGCAACUAUGUUUAUUGGAGGCUGAUGUCAUUUGGAUUUGAUGUCUAUAAAAAUAAGCAUGUUGUAAAAGUACACAAUCAAUUGAUGAGGCCAAUAUGUUCACGUGUUAUCUUCCUUAACACUGUUAUCUGGGUUAAUGAAUUUGGUACAGGCAGCUCACUUUAAAUGGUAUUACUAUAUUAUAUAUGUGAUUUUUUAUUUUAUUUUUUUUUUACAUAUGCUUAGGUGGGAUGUUUUAGAUGCAUUUAAUGUACAUCUCAUGAUCACUUUUCAAUCUGCACAUUCAUGUGUGCACUAAUUUAUAUAAGAAAAAAGACUUCUGUGAUUUGUUUCUGAUAAGACAAAGUAAUGGUGAAAUAACUGAUAACCUUUGACUGAGAGGAGAAGCUUUAAGUUCAGAGUCCACCGGUGUCACCAAUUAAAGAAUACAGAUUUAAGAUCUGAAUCUAGUUACAAGUUACUACAGGCUGACCCCUAAAAUAUGCUUUAAAGUGAUUAACAGAAUAAUAAUAAUAAUUUUAUAAAAAUAAUUUUAAGGGUAAAUAUAGAACUGUGGUGUAAUUAAAAGUAAAAAAAAAAUACUUUGUAUGAAGAUUGAGGAAACCAUUUUGUAUGGGUUACCAUAUACUUACAAAAAAUCCUGAAGAUAGGUAAAAUAGAAAAAGUAUUAAUUUAUGUGUGAUUAGAUUAGUUUAACAGUGAAAAGUUUUGGGAAAAUAGUAGGAUUUAUUAAUUGUGGUGUCCAUGUUGGUGAAAUAGUAGUAUUUCUUAAGCUUUCCUGAAGAGGUGAAAAUGGGUAAAAUGAGUGCCUCUUUCAUCGAACAAAAUGGAGAAAGCUGUAAAGUGACAGUUACUAUGGGGAGCAAAGUUAUGAUUAAGUUCUUCAUUAGGAUAAGAGUGGGAAGUGGAGACACUGAUUGGAGAAAAAAGGAGAUAAUAUAGUCAAAAGCACUUACCGUAAUGCUGAACCAUAAUAGUAUUUAAACUCAAUUGUUUUUGCCAUUAAAAUGGUGUCAAAUUGGUGGAUAAGUUGGUAUAAUGCACUACAAUUAAACCAAUUGUAUUUAAAUGCUUUGAUCAUCAUGAGCUGAGAGAUAUGCUGAGCAAAGUUUUAAGUGAAUACUGGGCCAAAGGUCAACAUUGCAUCUACGGAAGGCCUUGGCCAAUCUGACCAGAGAGCCACAUUUACUCUACAAACACUAAU